AUUAGCAUUCCCGGAGGAGAACGAUAGCUUGAAGAAAAUUACCAAACUUAAAGAUCCAGCAGAUUAUUCACGGCUAGGACUGGUGCCCAGAAGAGCUGAUUUAGACAUGAAUCAACAUGUAAACAAUGUUACCUAUAUCGGCUGGGUCCUUGAGAGCAUGCCGCAAGAAAUCAUCGACACCCACGAACUCGAAACCAUUACCUUGGAUUAUCGACGAGAAUGCCAGCACGAUGACAUGGUUGAUUCACUUACCAGCUCAGAACCAGAAGAAAUCUUACUUGCAGAGAGAACCAAUGGAUAUCCCUCCAAGCAGCAUGGACAUGGAAGUGAUCAUCUUCAGUUCCUGCACUUCUUGAGACUUUCAGGAACCGGCCUGGAAAUAAACAGAGGGAGAACCAUUUGGAGGAAACUGAUCCGGUAACUGCAGAAUCUUUUCAAGUUUUAUUACACUUUUCUCAUUCUAUUUGUAGCUUAUCUUGGCUUCAUCCUCUUUAAAAUUUCUUCCAAGAACACUGGAAUUUUUUUUUUUUUGAUGUUUUGGAAUUCUGCUUGCUUGCUUCUAUUUCCAUGAAUAUUUGAUUUGUUGACCAAUUAUGUUAUAUAAAUUUGGAAGUUGAAAAAUAAAUAAUGUUUCAUUGGAUCAUAU